AUGACAAUCAAAAGUAAUUUUUCGAAUUUGACGAGAGAAGCACCAGAUCCAAUUGUGGAGACUAUGACCAAGUACGCACAAGAUAGUUCACCAGAAAAAAUUGAUGUCUCUAUAGGUGUCUAUAAAGGAGAGAAGGGAGAGUCGUAUGUGUUCCCAGCGGUCUCUAAGGCAAAGAAACAUUUAUUUGAAAAUGAUCCUGGACAUAGCUAUACCAAUAUGGCAGGUAUUCCAGAAUACACCAGAGGAGCACGUAAGGUUGUGUUCGGGGAAAGAUAUGCCAACGAAGGUAAAAUUGCAUCAUUGCAGACUAUUUCAGGGACUGGGGCAUGUCACAUGGCAUUUCUCCUUCUUCGUGAAGCUGGUUUGACCAACUUUUAUAUUGGAACACCAUGUUGGUCUAACUAUGGACCAAUGAUCUCCCAUGUGGGUUCCACAUAUUCCACAUACACUCACUACGAUGAAAAGAUUCGUGGUAUUGAUUUUGAUGCUGUUCUCGAAGCUCUUAAUAAUGCACCAUCGAAGUCUGUUUUUUUAUUUCAAGCCUGUUGCCAUAAUCCUACAGGUGCAGACUUUUCUAAAGAUCAAUGGAAGCGAAUUGCUUCCAUCGUCAAGUCCAGGGAUAUUUUCCCUGUUUUUGAUAUUGCAUACCAAGGAUUUUCAAGCGGUGAUAAAGAUGUCGAUGCUUGGCCUGUAAGAUAUUUCUACGAGCAAAAUUUGGAAUUUUUAGUUUGUCAAUCAUUCUCGAAGAAUAUGGGAUUAUACAGUGAAAGAACAGGCUGUCUUCAUGCGGUGGUUCAAGAUCUAGAUUAUGUCCCAAAUGUUCAGAGUCAACUUGUGGCUCUCUUUAGAUCGGAAUGUUCUUUUGCUCCAGCAUUUGGUGCAAGAAUUGCCAGUAUUAUCAUUAACGAACCUGACUUAGAAAAAGAAUGGAGUCAAGAAGUGUCUGAUGUAACUACAAGAAUUGAAUAA